AUGAGCUUCAGCGGCGCUGAGGCGCUGCUGGGCGCCUUCGCGCCGCUCCACGGAGGAGGCAGUCUGCACUACGGGCUGGCUCGCAAGGGCGGCGCGGGUGGAGCGCGCUCUGCAGCCGGCUCCUCCAGCGGCUUCCACUCAUGGGCGCGGACGUCCGUGAGCUCCGUGUCGGCCUCGCCGAGCCGCUUCCGCGGCGCGGGAGCCGCCUCCAGCACCGACUCGCUAGACACGCUGAGCAACGGACCGGAGGGCUGCGUGGUGGUGGCGGCGGCGGCGCGCAGCGAAAAGGAACAGCUGCAGGCGCUGAACGACCGCUUCGCGGGCUACAUCGACAAGGUGCGGCAGCUCGAGGCGCAUAACCGCAGCCUGGAGGGAGAGGCGGCGGCGCUGCGGCAGCAGCAGGCGGGCCGCGCCGCCAUGGGCGAGCUAUACGAGCGCGAGGUGCGCGAGAUGCGCGGCGCUGUGCUGCGCUUGGGCGCGGCCCGCGGCCAGCUGCGCCUGGAGCAAGAGCACCUGCUGGAGGACAUCGCGCACGUGCGCCAGCGCCUAGACGACGAGGCCCGGCAGCGCGAGGAGGCUGAGGCGGCGGCGCGCGCACUUGCGCGCUUUGCGCAGGAGGCAGAAGCGGCGCGCGUCGAGCUGCAGAAGAAGGCUCAGGCCCUGCAGGAAGAGUGCGGCUACCUGCGGCGUCACCACCAGCAGGAGGUGGGCGAGUUGCUCGGCCAGAUCCAGGGGAGCAGCGCCGCGCAGACUCAGGCGCAGGCCGAGGCGCGCGACGCCCUCAAGUGCGACGUGACGUCGGCACUGCGCGAGAUCCGCGCGCAGCUGGAAGGCCACGCAGUGCAGAGCACGCUACAGUCCGAGGAGUGGUUCCGAGUGAGACUGGACCGACUGUCAGAGGCAGCCAAGGUGAACACAGACGCCAUGCGCUUGGCACAGGAGGAGAUAACUGAGUACCGGCGGCAGCUGCAGGCCAGGACCACAGAGCUGGAGGCGCUCAAAAGCACCAAGGACUCACUGGAGAGGCAGCGCUCUGAGCUGGAGGACCGUCAUCAGGCUGACAUCGCAUCCUACCAGGAAGCCAUCCAGCAGCUGGAUGCUGAGCUCAGGAACACCAAGUGGGAGAUGGCAGCCCAGCUCCGAGAAUACCAGGACCUGCUCAACGUCAAGAUGGCUCUGGAUAUUGAGAUUGCUGCUUACAGAAAACUCCUGGAGGGUGAAGAGUGUCGGAUUGGCUUUGGCCCAAGUCCUUUCUCCCUUCUAGAAGGACUCCCCAAAAUCCCCACCAUAUCUACUCAUAUAAAAGUCAAAAGCGAAGAGAAGAUCAAGGUGGUAGAAAAGUCAGAGAAGGAAACUGUGAUUGUGCAGGAACAGACAGAGGAGGUCCAACUGACAGAGGAAGUGACUGAAGAAGAAGAGAAAGAGGCCAAAGAGGAGGAGGAAGGGGGAGAAGAAGCAGCAAAAUCUCCCCCAGCAGAAGAGGCUGCAUCUCCAGAGAAAGAGGAGGCCAAGUCCCCAGUGAAGGAAGAAGGCAAGUCCCCAGAAAAGGCUGAGUCCCCUAUGAAAGAAGAAGCAAAAUCACCAGCUGAGGCCAAGUCUCCUGAGAAGGCCAAGUCUCCAGAAGGAGUGAAGUCUCCAGAGAAGGCCAAGUCCCCUGUGAAGGAAGAGGCCAAAUCUCCAGAGAAGGCCAAGUCCCCAGAGAAGGCCAAGUCCCCAGAGAAGGAAGAGGCCAAAUCUCCAGAGAAGGCCAAGUCCCCAGAGAAGGCCAAGUCCCCUGUGAAGGAAGAGGCCAAAUCCCCAGAGAAGGCCAAGUCCCCAGUGGAGGUGAAGUCCCCAGAGAAGGCCAAGUCCCCAGAGAAGGAAGAGGCCAAAUCUCCAGAGAAGGCCAAGUCCCCAGAGAAGGCCAAGUCCCCUGUGAAGGAAGAGGCCAAAUCCCCAGAGAAGGCCAAGUCCCCAGUGGAGGUGAAGUCCCCAGAGAAGGCUAAGUCCCCAGAGAAGGCCAAAUCCCCAGAGAAGGAAGAGGCCAAAUCUCCAGAGAAGGCCAAGUCCCCAGUGGAGGUGAAGCCCCCAGAGAAGGCCAAGUCCCCUGUGAAGGAAGAGGCCAAAUCCCCAGAGAAGGCCAAAUCCCCAGUGAAAGAAGAGGCCAAGUCCCCAGCUGAGGUGAAGUCCCCUGAGAAGGCCAAGUCUCCCAUGAAGGAAGAAGCAAAGUCCCCAGAGAAGGCCAAAAGCCCUGUCAAGGAGGAGGCAAAAUCCCCAGAGAAGGUCAAGUCUCCUGUGAAGGAGGAGGCCAAGGCUCCUGCGAAGGAGGUCCCAAAGAAGGAAGAGGCAAAGUCCCCCGUGAAGGAGGAAGAGAAACCCCAGGAGGUGAAAGCCAAAGAGCCCCCAAAGAAGACAGAGGAAGAGAAAGCUCCAGCCACACUGAAAACUGAGGAGAAGAAGGACAGCAAGAAAGAUGAGGUGCCCAAGAAGGAGGCUUCAAAGCCCGAGGUCCAGGAGAAGAAGGACCCUGCUGUGGAAAAGCCCAAAGAACCCAAAGCUGAAGCCAAGAAGGAAGAGGCUGAAGAUAAGAAAAAAGCAACCACCCCAGAGAAGGAGGCUGCUGCCAAGGGGAAGGAAGAAGCCAAACCCAAAGAGAAGACUGAGGUGGCCAAGAAGGAACCAGAUGAUGCCAAGGCCAAAGAACCCAGCAAAGCAGCAGAGAAAGAGCCGGAAAAGCCAAAGAAGGAAGAGACGCCAGCGGCACCUGAGAAAAAAGAUGCCAAGGAGGGCAAGGCCACAGAGGCCAAGAAGCCUGAGGAGAAACCCAAAGCAGAGGCCCAAGCCAAGGAGGAGCCCAGCAAGGAGGCCUCCACACCAGGCAAAGCCAAGGCAGAAAAGGCUGAGAAAUCCUCUAGCACAGACCAGAAAGACAGCAGGCCUCCAGAGAAGGCCACAGAAGACAAGGCCACCAAGGGAGAGAAGUAAGGCAGGGAGAAAGGAACAUCCAGAGCAGCCAAAGAAACUCAGGAGGGUCUGGGAGCUCAAGGGUUGUGUAACGAAUUUUCAUUUUUUCUCGCUUUUCUUGAAGAAGAAACUCUGCUUAGACUAUGGGCCCUCCUUCACCAAACAGGAAUUUCUAUUAGCAAUGUGUUAGCAAGAGAGGGUCCUCCCAACCCCCGGCCCCACACCCCAAACCCUCCCUAGGCGAUGGACAAUUAUAUUAUGAUAGCUUAUGUAGCCGAAUGUGAUAUAUGCCGAAUGCCACAUGUAAACACUUGACUAUAAAAACUGCCCCCUCCUCUCCAAAUAAGUGCAUUUAUUUCCUGUAUGUGCAACUGACAGAUGACCGCAAUAAUGAAUGAGCAGUUAGAAACACAUUAUGCUUGAGAUGUCUUAACCUAUUCCUGAAUGCCUUCUGUUUUCCAAAGGAGUGGUCAAGCCCUUGCCCAAAGCUCUCUAUCCUGGAAGAGCUGGAGCAGGUGGGGCUGGGCGCUGGCCACUGAACCAUGCCAGGGCGCACUUUUCCA